AUGCCUGCACCGAUAGCUAAAGGUAUUAUAAUCGCGGCGUCCGUCCUCUUCGCCGCCGGCAUCGCCCUGUACGAGAGCCCCACCUUCCGCCAAUGGGUCGAUGAGUCGAGACGAAAGGUGGCCAUCGCCCUAUACAGCCUCGGAGAUGGGGUCAACCCGCCUUCGAGGACGGCAGAAGGCGAAGAGGAGUCGGAGGAGGCGCGGCAGCAGCGCAGAGAGGAGAUCGUACGGCGGAACCGCGCCGAGCUGAUCCGCCGAGCUCAGGCGGAGGGCAUCGCUGUCGACUUGGACGAGCUGGCGGCGAUUGGGACGGAGAAGAUCAAAGAGCACAUCAAAGACAUCGACGAGAAGAUGGCUUCGCUGAAAGAAAUGGGCUUCACGGACGAGGAGCGGAACUCGACGCUGCUGGCUGCAUACGACGGGAAUCUGGAACAAACGGUUGAGCAACUCGUCUACCUCAGUCAGACUGCUGCAAACCAGACCGCUGGAAACCAGGCCGCUGGAAACCAUACAUCCACCAGCCGUGCCGACAGAUCCAAGAGCUUCGACUCCAUCGUCGCCCAUGACGGCAGCCUCCUCUCGUCAUCGCCUGAGCCAGAAAUGAGCCAGAUGGGCCGCUCCACCGCUUUAUCGACAUCCAACACUCUUCGCCACCGCGGGCAAGGCAACAGCGGAUUCCUCCAAGGCUCGGCAUUCAGCAACCCGUUCGGAGACGAGCAUGCCAUCAUGUACGAUGCCGAGUCUAUGUCUAGCUCCGCUCAAGGCCAGACGGAGAGUGAUAUACGCCAACGUCACGGAAAAACCGCCACCCUCGCCGGGGGCACCCCAGCACCAUUGAUCGAUCUGACCAGUUCUGUCCCUGAGGCGGAAGCAGAGGCGGAGCUAAACAACGCAGACAUCCUUUCCACCACUCCUUCAUUCGACUCCCUCUACGACGACCCCGAUAUCCCGCGUCCUUCCCGCCGUUCCAUCAUCGCUGCUGUCUCCACCCCAGCUCCGAUAGCCAUUGCCAUCGACCCGCCCAGCCGCAGCAACACACCCACCGGUACCGGCGCGCUCACACCUACGUCAGAUGGGUUCAACUCAGAGAUGUCGGUCGUGGCGAGCAAUGCGGAUGACAUCGGCAUAUUGUCGUCCGUCCCCCCGUCUGACGCGGGGGAGGCAAACGCUGACCGGAUGAGCGACAUGGGCGGCUUGAGCGACAUGGGCGAGGAGGCGCGCAGCGAGAUGAGCUUCAGCGAUGUGGGGAUCAGCACGCCGGGAAGCUGGACGGAUGUGGAGAGCGAUGGGUGGAGUGAAGCAGGGAACGGGGAGCCGCGGGAGGUGGCCGUCCGUUAG